CGCGACUGUCGCCUCCGGUGGUCCCGUCCCGCCCCUGGGCGGUCCUGGCGGGGGCGGGCGCUGCCCCCGGAAAGGGGCGGGGUCUGUCUGUCUGUCUGUCCGUCCGUCCCUCUGUCGCGAUGGCGCUCGAGUCGCUGCGGUACCGGCGCGGCUCCCUCGAGGUUCUGAACCAGCGGCUGCUGCCGGGGCAGCUCCGCUACGAGCGGGUGGGGGGCGUGGAGCGGGCCUGGGGGGCCAUCCGCGAUAUGGAGGUUCGGGGGGCUCCGGCCAUCGCCCUGCUGGGCUGCCUGAGCCUGGCCGUGGAGCUGGCGGGGGGCGCGGGACCCUCCGAGGAUUUGGGAGCCCUGGAGGAGUUCGUGGGGCAGAAAUUGGGGUUCCUGCUCACCGCCCGCCCCACGGCCGCCAACCUGGGCCACGAGGCCGAGCGGCUCCGGGCGUUUGUCCGGCAGCGGGUGGAGACCCCCGGGGUCACCCCCCAGCAGCUGCGGGAGAGCAUCAUUGAGUACAUCGAGGGGCUCCUGGAGAAGGACCGGAGGGACAACCGGAACAUUGGGGCGCACGGGGCGAGUCACAUCCUGGGGAGGGUCCGGGGGGACGGUCCCGUCACCCUCCUGACCCACUGCAACACCGGGACCCUGGCGACAGCGGGCUACGGCACCGCCCUGGGUGUCGUGCGGGCGCUGCACCAGCGCGGGUCCUUGUCGCGCGUGUUCUGCACCGAGACCCGGCCCUACAACCAGGGCUCGCGGCUCUCGGCACUCGAGCUGCGCCACGACGGCGUCCCUGUCACCCUAAUCGCCGACAGCGCGGCCGCCGCCGCCAUGAGGGAGCGGGGAGUGCAGGCUGUGGUGGUGGGCGCUGACCGCGUGGCUGCCAACGGAGACGUGGCCAACAAGAUCGGGACAUUCCAGCUGGCGGUGGCUGCGCAGCACAUGGGGAUCCCUUUCUAUGUGGCCGCCCCAAGCAGCACCUGCGACCCCACGCUGGCCUCGGGCCGCCUGAUCCCCAUCGAGGAGCGGCCGGGAACAGAGCUCACCCAGCUCGGGGGUGUCCUCCUGGCUGAGCCCGAGGUCGACGUGUGGAACCCGGCUUUUGACGUCACGCCGCAUGAACUCAUCACGGGGGGCAUCAUUACGGAGUGGGGGGUCUUCGCCCCCUCCGAGCUGUGCCAGGCGCUGGGGAAGCCGAGGGAGCUGUGAUGGCGUCUGCCUCGGUGUAUCCCGGCAGCCCUUGCUACAAUAAAAACCCCGAUGUAUCCCUGCGGCCUUUGCGGCGAAAAUACCUCGGUGUAUCCCUGCAUCCUUCGCGGCCAAAAUGCCUCGGUGUAUCCCUCCAUCCUUUGCGGCCAAAAUGCCUCGGUAAAUCCCUGCGGCCUUUGCGACCGGAAGGCCCACUGUAUCCCGGCGUGCUCCGCGUGCCGCCGCGCUCCUGCCAGGUCUGCCCCGGCCCCUAACGCGGGAGAGGCGGCCAUGGCUCAGGGCCGGCCCAAGGCGGCGACCAAGCGUCCUAAGGCGGCGGCGGCGGCGGCAGCUCGUGGGACUCGGGGUCCGCGGAAGGGAGGUGAGGCCGCACCAUCGCCCCAAAGAAGCUCCGCGUGAUCCAACAGCAGAAGCUGAAGAAGCGUCUGGAGGUCGGGAUUCGGAUGCGGAUCGAGCGGGAGACCGUGCAGCGGGCGCAGGGCAGCCUCCCCAAAAAGCUGGC